AUGGUGCCUUCUCAGUCGGUGACGCACGACAUGGCCGCCAUCACUGGACUGCGAGGGUGGAUGGCCGUUGCCACGUUCUGGUUCCACCACGUCAUAUACACCCGCACGGGCCACGUGUGCACACUCCCGUGCGUCACAGUAUUUUUCGUGCUCUCUGGGAUGGUCUACGCGCUGUUCGAGAUGGGCCCCGAGGCGUCCGAGCGCAUGAGAGCGCCACCGGACGACUCGCACGCACCAGCCGCGCCCCCGGCGGAGCUGCCCCGGGCCGCGCCGAGCGCGCGGCGCGUCGCCUCGCCGGGGGCGCGGUCCCCGGGGCCUCUCGUGCGUUCCGGCGCGGCCGCGCCUCUGCAGGGCCCCGCCGUGCCGCGGCAGCCCGAGCCUCGGGGGCAUUUUCUCAGUCGCCCUGCCGUUCUGGGCCGCGCGACGUCGGCGUAUGUGGGCAGGCGUCUCCAGCGCUUGUUCAGGCAGUAUUACGUUUCCGCACUUUUCGCCGCUCCACUGCUCGUCGCUUUUUACAGCAGCGGCUGUUGGCAGGGCCUCUUGGCACUGAUCAGUCUCUUUCCGCCAGUUUGGACUGUUUAUCAUUGGGAUUCGCGCGUCGGAGCGCUGAUCGCACCAAGUUGGUUUACUGCCCAAUUGCUGACAUUCUCAUUUCUUAUGCCGACAGUCGGAGAUUGGCUUGGACGCCGGCCACGGAAAGACGACGGUGCUCUUUUGCGCUUGCUUUUGGGGAUCCCGUGUCUGACACGUCACGUCACCGAGUGGAAAAUCAAGCGAUGCGUCAUCGCGCCAGGCUGGCGUUUUUUUUUUGGUUGCGGUGCAUCUGUUAUUGCAAUUCCAUUUGUGUCUUCUGUGUGCGUUAAGACUCGUAUACCUCUUGUGCUGCACUACAAUCCAGUCUUCCGGUUCAGUCAGGUAGUGAUCGGAAUGGUUUUCGGCCUUCGUUUGCGGCACAAGCUCUGGUUCUUGAGUGAAGCCGAAGAUUGCCAGGCCAGUGCAAUAAAAGCAAGGCGACUGGGGAACUGCAUGGUUUUGCUUCUAUUAGUGAUUGUGUUUUUUCGAUACCAGGGAAAGUAUCAACUUCAGGUGUUCGCUUUAGAUUGUAUUUUAGAGUAUACGCCUUUCGUACCCUUUAUACCUUUCUUCUUAUGCCACCCAGAUUACGAUCAGACAACGGACUACACGUCCAGGUUCGACUUGGCUUGUAAGCGACUCUCCAGGAUGGUUUUGUGUAACCCGAUGGCCACAUGGUGUGGGACAUAUUCAUAUGAGAUUUACUCGUGCCAUUGGCCCGUAUUUGUUUUGUGCUCGUAUUUGGAUGUGGGCCCUGAGUGCAUGUUCCACAGGUGGAAAAUUGGCGAACGCGAGUGUUACGUAUUCGAAUAUGACUGGACCAUGGACUAUCGGUGCCGUCCUCCUACAGUGUGGUUUGGAUUGGUUUACAAAGCUAUGCUCGUCAUGGCGAUUAGCAUUUGCAUGCACCACGGGUCGAGGACGAUUCGUCAAGGAGCUACCCGCCGUCUGCUUACGAAGCAAAGCUAA